UGUAACACGUAUAAAUAUUUCUUGUAACACAUACUCUACUAAAUAUCUGCCGGCGUAUAUUAUUAGAUUGAUAUUAUUAUGUUUGUACUUGUAUGGCAUUAUGGCUCCUGAUUCAAAAGAAGAACGGUAUUUCUAUUUUAAUACCUUAGCCAUUUUAUUAAAAGCAGUCCAAAAUGAACGUACGACAAUAGAUCUUCGAAAUGAAGCAUCAGUUUAUGGAAUUGUAGAGCACACAGAUGCUUACAUGAAUAUCGUAAUGAGAGAUUGCAUCUUCACAGACCCUAGGGGAGACUCGUACAGUUACGACAUGUUCUUUGUGCAAGCAAGAAAUAUCCGGUUCGUUCAUAUUCCACCAAAAAUACGUAUUAUACCAGCUAUCAAGGAACAAUUGCAACAUUUGCUAGUGCAUACAAGGGAUGUAGCACGUACUAAACGUACAUUUAAAUCAAAACAUACUGAACAAAAACACCGAGAGGGGCUAGCAGCAGUGGAGAAAAUUUUAGAAGAUAGAAAAAAGGCAGAGCAGAGAUUGAACAAAAAUAAAACUAAUUAAUAACAAAUUAAUAAUUUUAUAUUUUUAUUAACAAUUACAUUUUCCAUUUACGAAAAUAACUUCUAUAUAAACCUACAUUGCAUAAUAUAGUGUACAAGUUUAGCAUAAAAAUGAUUGUUUUGUACAAAUUGUAAGUACAGUUGCCAAUAACUGAUAUAUAAGUAAAUAUAGACAAAGUAAAUCUAUUUAAUUAUAUUAAUCAACACCUUAUUAUAAUGAUACAAAAUAAAUAGUAUUAUAAAAGCAUGUUCUCAACUUCCUAUUAUGGCCUUGUAUAUUUUUUAGAAUAAUAUUAAUUAAUAUUUGUUGUAAUAAUAUAUAAACUUUUAAUGAUUUAAUAAAUGUGUAAUAAAAGAAAUAUUUCAUCAUAAUAAUCCAAGAAGAUAAUAAAAAUAUUAUGUGACACACCCACAUAGUAUUUUGUUGCAAAAUAAUAAUGCACAAGUAUUAAUGAAAUGUAAUACCUAUUUGGAUAAAGUAUUUGUUAUUUUCUUUGAA